GUUCUUUUUUUGUUACCAUAGGCGCAGGCUCUGUUGUCUAUGCCUUCGCCGUUGCAUUUAUAACACGGAUUAGUGAAUUGUUGACCCAUCAAGUCGCGUCCUGGCCAUAUUCGAAUCAACCUCUUUUCAUCCAGCUGUGUUGACCAUUCCUACACGACCUCGCCAGCGUGUCACCCAGGAUCAGCUUGAUCGAGGAGUCAGCAACUUCUCGCGAGACCGAGUUCGCCAAUCACAAUGGGCUACCCGGAGACUUUCGAGGGUUUCAUGAUAGAGGAUCAAUCGCAAGGGCCAGAAUUUAAGAGGCAUACUUUCAAGCCCAAAACAUUCGGUGACUACGACGUUGAUAUCAAAAUCGAAUGCUGCGGCGUCUGCGGUUCGGACGUCCAUACCAUCACUGGUGGCUGGGGCGCGGUGCCUUUGCCAAUCUGCGUGGGCCAUGAGAUCGUUGGCCACGCUGUAAAGAUCGGUUCUAAAGUGAAGACAGUAUCCCCAGGGGACCGGGUAGGUGUUGGUGCUCAGGUAUGGUCCUGCCUGGAAUGUGCUCAGUGCAACAACAACAACGAGCAAUAUUGCGCGCACCAGGUCGAUACCUACGGAGCACGAUAUCCUGCAGAGGCUGAUCCGGACGAGACCAUUACUCAGGGCGGGUUUUCUUCGCACAUUCGCGUCCACGAAUAUUCCGUCUUUCCUAUACCAGACGCAAUUCCAUCACAUCUUGCUGCGCCUAUGCUCUGCGCGGGGCUUACAACCUGGUCGCCUUUGGUACGCGCAGGGGUGGGUCGAGGCCAGAAAGUCGCAGUUGUCGGCUUUGGUGGCCUGGGGCAUUUUGCGGUCUUAUGGGCUAGCGCCUUAGGGGCAGAGGUGACAGUCAUAUCUCACUCCCCGGCUAAAAAAGAUGAUGCUCUUAAGAUGGGUGCAAGAAACUUUGUGAUCAGCAAUCAUGCGGGUUGGGCGGCCCCAUACGCUUAUGCGUUCGACUUUGUUCUCAACACCGCCGACAUGACCCACACCUUUGACAUCUCUGAAUACCUGUCUUUAUGCAAUAUCAACGCCACAUUCCACCAAGUUGGGGUUCCAGAUGAGCCAUUGCCCGUCAUGUCACCUGUAAUGUUCAUGCGUAACGGCAGUUCAAUUGGCGCUAGUCACAUCGGAAGCAGGUUCGAAUGCCUGGCCAUGUUGAAAUUGGCGGCGGAAAAGAAGUUAUUCCCCAUGGUCGAAACGAUUCGAAUGUCAGAGGAGGGCUGCAAAGAGGCGGUCGGUCGAGUAUUGAAGAAUAAGGUCCGAUACCGAUUCACUCUGACUGAUUUUGACGAGGCAUUCAAAAGUCGUGCGUGAGUUGGAUUAUUGGAGGUAGACAGGGAAUGCA